AUAAAGGCUGGAGGCAGCAGGACUGUGAGGGAGAGAGGAGACUAGGGCCCAGUUGGAGGAACUUUACAACACGGUCAUCUUGGUUACUUUUCUGUGUAUACAGGGAGCCUGGAGCCGGAGGGAAUGGGCCCUGGGAGCCUGGGACCUGCUCAGGACUUGGUGACAUUCAGAGAUGUGGCUGUGGACUUUACCCAAGAGGAGUGGGGCAUCUUGGACCAUCUUCAGAAGAAGUUGUACAAGGAGGUCAUGCUGGAGAAUGCUCAGAACCUGCUCUCCCUAGGGCUUCCAGUUUCCACAGAAGAUGUGAUCUCUUAUUUUAAGCAAAGGGAGACUCCUGGUUGCUGGACCAAGAAGGCGUGAGGAGGUG